AUGAUUAUAAACAUUAGAGCGGACGAUACAAAUACGCCUCUAGUGCUCGCUAUUGUUCUCAGUAUAUCAGGCGUUGUUGUUAUGGUUAUUGUGGGGUUUACAAUAUGGAGUCUUAAAAGGUCACGCAAAAAGGCUCGAAUGGAAUUUUUCGAAGUUGAUCAAGAAUUUUUUAUGCCUCUUCCACCAGGAUACCAAUACCGGCUACGUUCUUUGGAAGAGAUUGGGGACUCUAGGCUAAUGCCAGUAAUUACUCCCAUUGAGCGUUGGUUUAUACGGCGGCGCAGAGGCAAUGAUUCCGGGGGAUCUAUCAUGAGAGGAAAUAUAAUGGUGGCUUAUGGUGGAGAGCAACCCAUUUGUGUGCGCACAUACCCAAGAAACCAUCCGCUAUAUAAUGAGAACCAACGAGGAGUUGUUGCGAUUCGUAUGCCUCCCAUUCCUAUAUCAGAUUUGCCACGGCUACCUGAAUCGGAGUUUUCAAGGCCUGAUAAUAUGCGCUCAACUACGACUUUAGAAAGUUUGACGACUGAAGAAGAAGUGCCAUUGAGUCCAGUCAAUACGGUUGUGGAAGAUUUGGAUGCUACGGUUAAUAGUAGUAGUAGUAUAAGUAAUAGGAAUCAGCAAGGCCCACCACGAGGACGACGGAAAAAUACUACUCGACCUGUGGUUUAUAUUGGAGCACAGCCUGAAGUUAAUUUGUUUAUUGGAACAAAAACUGUUGCAGGACAUGUGGCACUGCUUGCUGAGGGAAACAUACAUCAAGAUUUGGACGGUUUGUGUGUUGUUUGCCAGGAAAAAGUGGUUGACAAACCUGAUGAAGAGAUUGAAGAAGAAGAAGCUAUAGUUACAUUACCAUGUUUACAUUCAUUUCAUGAGUGUUGCAUCGCGAGAUGGAUGAUUUGUUAUAGUCCUAGGUGUCCAGUAUGCAGUAAAAAGUACAUCAUACGAAAUGGAAAACGACGGCAAAAGACUAUUGGAAAAUGGGAAUGA